AGAGUCGAGGCUCAGUCCCGAACAGCCCGCGAGCCAUGGCCGAGCCGGAGGAGCUGGAGUUUCGCGUUACAUACCCGGGUGGCCCGAGAGACUCGGCUAACGACGAGUUCGUCUUCGUUUACGAGGAGGAUAAGAGGCCGUUGGUCGUACUGCUGGGCUGGGCCGGCUGCCAAGACAAGUACCUCGCCAAAUACAGCGCUAUCUACGAGGAGAGGAGCUGCAUCACCUUGCGAUGCACCGCCCCGGUCGAGUAUCUGUUCUGGCGUCGGGAGCGGCUGCCGUGUAUCAGCCGGAGGCUUCUCCAGGUCAUCGCCGAUAAGUGCUCGAACAAGCAUCCGGUAUUCUUCCACGUGUUCAGCAACGGAGGCGCUAUCUUUUAUCAGCAUAUUAGUAGCGCGAUGCAGCAAGCUGGAUCACCUCUUAAGGUGAAAGGAGUUAUUUUUGACAGUUCGCCGGGAGAGCGAAGAAUAACAAGUUUAUUUAGGGCUAUCAGUGCAAUUAUCGGUGGAAAUCCAAUAACCAAUGUAUCAGCAUCUAUUGUGAUUACAUUUUUUCUUUCAUUCAUCUGGCUACUCGAGAUAUUGGCUCAUACAGUAGGUAAAAGAAAUACUAUAAAAACUGAUCCAAUAGCUCUCGCUGAAGAAACUUAUUCAUGGCCACAAAUCUUUUUAUAUUCCAAUGCCGACACGCUGAUUCCUGCCCAUGACGUGGAGAAGUUCGCCAGCAGACGAGCGGAGCGGGGGGUACGGACGCAACUCGUUCUAUUCACGGAUUCGCCCCACGUCAAACAUUAUGCGACGUACCGUAGGGUCUACGUAAGUACCGUCUGCGGCUUCAUGAACGAGUGUCUCACCGAGCAGCAGCGCCAAAAGUCCGAUAAUCAUCUCUGCCUCACCAAGAAGAUCGUCCUUCCCCAGGAGGCAGGCAUGAAGUGAGCCUGGUUCUACGAUAUUUUUUAUCGCUCUUAUGGAUGAUGUUACCGGGAUGGAGGCGCAAGAUUUUAGAGGCACGUAAUGUACUGUUAGGAUAAUGUACGGUAAGGGACCGUAGGCACAAAGGAAAACGAACCUCGGCAAGUUUUGAUGUCGCCCGAGCCCACGUUGCAUAAAGGUUUUGCCAACUGUCGAAGAAACCUUAUCAUACUUAGCAAUUACCAUUGAACGCGCAGCGGCGAUGGCAAUUUACGUUUUUUUUUUUCGCCAGAGGAAUUGCUCGUUUGAUUAAUAGCACUCUCUCUCUCUCUCUCUCUCUCUCU